AUGGCUUGUCUUCAACAAUCAAAUGAGCUUGUCUUUUUUGUGAAUGGCAGGAAGGUAAUUGACAGGCAGGCGGAUCCUGAAGAAUUGCUGCUGUAUUAUCUAAGAAAGAAGCUCCGUCUUUUAGGUACAAAAUAUGGCUGUGGAGUAGGAGGCUGUGGUGCUUGCACUGUGAUGAUAUCCACAUAUGAUCCUGUUGCCAAGAAGAUACACCAUCAUCCUGCCAACUCCUGCCUUCUCCCCAUAUGCUCAGUGCAUGGUGCUGCUGUCACUACUGUGGAAGGCGUUGGAAGUGUAAAAAACAGGAUUCAUCCAAUUCAGGAAAGGCUGGCUAAAUGCAAUGGCUCCCAGUGUGGCUUCUGCACCCCUGGAAUGGUGAUGUCCAUGUAUGCUUUACUGAGAAACCAUGCAGAACCUUCCAUGGAGCAGAUUGUUUCUGCUCUGGAUGGUAAUUUGUGUCGUUGCACAGGUUACAGGCCAAUUAUAGACAGCUAUGCAUCUUUUACUAGGGAGCCAACAUGUUGCCAGCUCAGAGGAACUGGACAAUGUUGCAUGGAUCAAGAAGAAUAUGAUGGAUGUGUUUCAAGCAAAGGCUUGAGAAUCCUUUCAGGUCUUUGCAGUCCAGAACAAUUUCUGCCCACGGAUCAAACACAGGAAUUUAUAUUUCCUCCUGAACUGAUGAGAAUGGCUCAAGAGCAGAAAAGAACAACUCUGAUUUUCCGUGGCAAGAGAACAACAUGGAUUUCUCCCCAUAGCCUGAAGGAGCUUCUGGAGCUGAAAGCCAAGUAUCCAAAGGCACCCGUGGUCUUGGGAAACACCAGUGUGGGACUCAAAGAAAAUCACUGUGGUGCCUGUCAUCAAAUCAUUCUCCAUCCUGUUAGGAUUUCAGAAAUGCAUGUUGUGAGUAGCACAAAAGAUGGGCUACUAAUAGGAGCUGCCUGCUGUUUGGCCCAGCUCAGAGACAUCCUAAUGGAGGCAGUCCCAAAACUUCCAGAGGAGAAAACAAAAACAUACCAAGCUCUCUUGCAGCAGCUGAGAACUCUAGCUGGAGAACAGAUCAGGAGCAUGGCAUCUUUAGGAGGACACAUUGUAAGCAGGGGAUCACCCUGGGACUUGAACCCAAUCUUAGCAGUUGGCAAAUCUGUCCUCAACUUGGCAUCAAAAGAUUGUAAAAGACACAUUCCUUUAAAUGAUGAGUUCCUUGCUGGCAAGGAGCAUGCAGACAUAAAGACCAAAGAGGUCAUCGUUUCUGUUCUCAUCCCAUACUCUAAGAAGGAUGACUUUAUUUCGGCCUUCAGACAGGCUGAAAGAGAGAAAAAUGCUUUUGCCAUAGUGAACUCUGGAAUGCGAGUCCACUUCCACUCAGGCACAGACACCAUUGUAGAUCUGAGUAUUUUAUUUGGAGGCAUUGGCUCAACCACAGUCAGUGCAAGAAAGUCCUGUGAGAAGCUCAUAGGAAGGCAAUGGAAUGAUCAGAUGCUGAAUGAAGCUUGCAAACUGGUGCUAGAGGAAAUUUUGAUCCCUCCAUCAGCUGUGGGUGGAAAAGUAGAAUAUAGAAGAACUCUGAUGGUCAGCUUUCUUUUCAGAUUUUACCUGGAAGUGUUACAUGGUUUACAUCAGAUGUAUCCUCACAGGUAUGCUGAGCUUUCACGUGAGAAGCUGAGUGCUUUGGGAAUGCUACAAAGUGGUGUUCCCCACGGUGUCCAGAUCUAUCAGGAUGUUGACCCAGGACAGGCUCCACAAGAUCCCGUGGGCCGUCCCAUCAUGCACGAAUCUGGGAUUCGGCAUGCCACUGGCGAAGCAGUUUACAUCACUGACAUUCGUCCAGUAGAUGGAGAACUUGCACUGGCUAUGGUCACCAGUAUUAAAGCCCAUGCAAAGAUUAUAUCAAUUGACACAUCAGAAGCUCUUCAGAUGCCAGGAGUGGUUGAUGUACUGACAGCAAGAGAUGUUCCAGGGGAAAAUGGCCAAGAUGAGCCUGCAUUUGCAGAAAAUGAGGUGAUUUGUGUUGGUCAGAUAAUCUGUGCUGUGGUUGCAGAGUCACUGACUCAGGCAAAGUGUGGGGCUGGAAAGGUGAAGAUAGUCUAUGAAGAUCUGGACCCAAUUCUGACUAUCAAGGAUGCAAUAAAACAUCAUUCAUACAUUACUGAAGAAAUUAAAGUAGAAAAAGGAGAUAUUGUGAAAGGAUUCAAGUCUGCUGAUGAAGUCAUAGAAGGUGAAUUGCACAUGGGAGGACAGGAACAUUUUUACAUGGAAACAAAUAGUGUGCUUGUUAUUCCAAGAGUGGAAGAUAAAGAAAUGGAUGUGUAUGUGGCAAGUCAGUAUGUAACAGAAGUACAGGAAUUAGUAGCUGCUGCUUUAAAUGUCCAGUCCAAUAAAAUUAUGUGCCAUGUGAAACGUGUUGGUGGAGCAUUUGGUGGCAAGAUUACCAAACCUUCACUCUUUGCUGUUAUUGCCGCCGUGGCAGCCAACAAGACUGGGCGUCCAAUCCGUUUCGUCCUGGAAAGAGAUAUGGAUAUGCUAAUCACUGGAGGACGACACCCUUUCUUUGGAAAAUACAAAAUUGGAUUCAUGAAUGAUGGUAGAAUCAUAGCUGCGGAUUUGCAGUGCUAUAUAAAUGGUGGCUGUACAAAAGAUGAAUCUGAGUGGGUGAUUGAGUACGUUGUGUUGAAAGUGGACAAUGCAUAUAAUAUCCCAAAUUUCCGAGUCAGGGGUCGUGCCUGCAAGACUCAUUUGCCUUCUAAUACUGCCUUCCGAGGAUUUGGGUUUCCCCAAGCAGGUCUGUUUAUGGAGACCUGUGUCGAGGCUGUGGCAACCAAAACUGGCCUACCACGUGAGAAGAUUAGGGAAAUAAACAUGUACAAAGGGGUUCAAGAAACGGCCUACAAAGAAAAGUUUGAUGCAGAGAAUCUGUGGAAAUGUUGGGAAGAAUGUUUGAAGAAGUCUGACUACUACAGCCGAAAAGCAAUGGUGGAAGAAUUUAACAAGAAAAAUUAUUGGAAAAAGAAAGGGAUUGCCAUCAUUCCAAUGAAGUAUUCCGUUGGAUUUCCUAUGUCUUAUUUUCAUCAG